AUGGGGCAGGCUAGGUAUCAAGUCAGGGUGGGACAGACUUAUUGCGAUUUUGUGCGGAUCGACUUGAGUUUCUAUAGUCGUCCCUUCGGUCAUCUCUAUCACUUCGCUCGCGUCUAUCUUCGCGAUCAUAUCGCCUGGGAGACCGUGUUCUUCGGCUUGGGGACCCGGAUCUGUCAUCACGACCUGGUGACCAUCUAUCUCCUCUGCCGCGGUACCGGCCUCUGGAUUCCCGAUCGUCAUCUUGAUCGUGUCGGUCGUAAUCGGUUUGGUAAUAGUUGCUUCUACCGCCUCGGCCUCGACCUCAACCUCUUCUGUUAUGGAAACCACCCCUAUUGUCCUUCUUAUUAUAAGUCGAAUCAUCUUUCCACUUAG